UCCACAAACUGCGGCUGGUUUUGCCUUUAAUCUCCACUUCAGAGUUGUUUUUUUUCCCGUCUUCUUCCUUGGGUGUUGCCUUCCCUUUACCAACUUUGUCUGUCCGUCUUGCCUAGCUGUGUAAGACACAGGAGCGUGCGAAUAUCUCCUUCGAUAUCCAAGUAUUCAAGCAAGCGGUGUUACGUUCACGGCUUUACUUUUUUUUUUAAGGACCUGUUGAUUUUCGACUGGCGUUAGCCAGAUAAGCUAACCGAGCUAUCAAGGAGCGCUCCCCCGAUGCAGGCCAUCAAGUGUGUGGUAGUGGGUGACGGGGCCGUGGGUAAAACAUGCCUGCUCAUCAGUUACACUACCAAUGCUUUCCCCGGAGAGUACAUCCCCACCGUAUUCGACAACUAUUCAGCCAAUGUGAUGGUGGACGGUAAGCCGGUGAACCUCGGCCUCUGGGAUACUGCGGGACAGGAGGACUAUGACCGACUCAGGCCGCUGUCCUACCCGCAGACUGAUGUGUUCCUGAUUUGCUUCUCACUAGUUAGCCCCGCUUCUUUUGAAAAUGUCCGCGCCAAGUGGUACCCUGAGGUGAGACACCACUGCCCCAACACCCCCAUCAUUCUGGUGGGCACCAAGCUCGAUCUGAGGGACGACAAGGACACCAUCGAGAAGCUCAAGGAGAAGAAACUCGCGCCCAUUAUCUACCCUCAGGGCUUGGCCAUGGCGAAGGAAAUAAGUGCCGUAAAGUAUCUGGAGUGUUCCGCUUUGACGCAGCGCGGCCUUAAAACGGUGUUCGACGAAGCCAUCCGGGCGGUCCUCUGUCCACCGCCCGUCAAGAAGAGGAGAAGGAAGUGCAGCGUUUUGUAAAA